AUGGCCAGUCAAACCUGGUUGGAGUCUUCUCUGCGCCGGUCAUAUGAACUCGGCCAGGAGGUGUUGGAGAAAGCAAAGAGAAGGUCUGUUAGCAGCUCAAGUACAAAAUCUAGACCAACUCUCGGGUUCUGUCACAAGGAAAGGGGCUCAGAGGGAGAUACCUGCCAUUCAAACUUGAACCAUGCUUUUGCAACAAUAGUGGAGUACAUGUCAGAAACUACCAGACAAUGCAAGAAAUAUUACACAUCUGUGCACCGGACUCAGCCCAGUGAGCAAGAGCACAUCUGUCGUUAUCAUUCCCAGCAGACCUUGAAGACUGCAGACCAGAAGCACAAUGCUACGGCUGCCACUAAACAAUAUGCAGGUUUGUCAGAAGCAGAGGAUUUCCUCAUUGAAGUGUCUCCGGGAACCUAUUCUAUCACAGCAGCAAUGCAGGACACAAGACCACAGACCAAAACUGUCCAUGUCGAUGCAGGAGAGAGCAUGAGCCUUGCAUUUAACCUCUGA